ACAGCAUCGGAAACGAUUCUGCAUUGACCAAAAAUAUCCGACACGAUGAUGGUCACCGAAUGAUUUCAUUUUAAAACGACAUCAUCUGCAGCUGAACUGACCAGCCCGCGUCACCUUCACUUACACCUGUCACACCGCCCGUGACGGACAACCACGGAAGCCAAUCAGUGGCAGACUGGGGGCUCAUUUCAACUAAUCGGUGCGCUUGGAUUCUAAAGGGGCGGGGAAUAUGUAUAUAUAUAUUUUAUGAAUGAACAGUGGCGUCCCUCUGCAGCAAUACAGAGCUUUUACAGCAGCUAGGCGAGGUAGACGGAGGGAGAUUCAGAAAUUAUUUUAUUUAUUUUCGCUAAAAUAAAAAAAAAUAAGAUGUAUGAUUUAUUGAAAAACAAUUAUUAUGCUAAAUCCUUCCGUUCAAAGACCAGAACGCGACAGUUAUUAAUAACCAAUUAAAUUAUUACUGUGUCUGCUCGGACGGCAUUUCGUUUACUGUCGUGGUUUUAUGAAUUGCGCUAUUAUAGAUAGUUGUCGGGAACAGUGUUGCUUCAAAUACAAUUAUUUUAAAUAACAGAAUGGCGUUUGUCACCUUGGCAAACAGACUCGCUCUCAACAAACACCAGAGGAUCACUUUGCAAAUGCAUGUUUGGAUUUUUGGCCGCUGAUCUAAAGCAAUAUCGGUUACAGAUUGGAUUAAAAAAAAGAGGCUCCUAGCAACAUAGCUUAUUAUUAUUAUUAUUAUUAUUAUUAUUAUUAUUAUAGGUACUGGCUUGUGUUUAAAUUUUGCAAAUUAUAGAAAUAACUAUUUUAACUGGCUGAAGGAAGCAGCAAUCUUUGUUCUUUGACUAAGAUUAUCCCGCCGCUGUGCACAGAAUGCUAAAUAUUAUAAUACAGCGGUUUAUUCGUGGUUGCUAAGCGACCAUCUAAAGAAAGGAAAUAAAAUCCGUUUCCUUGGAAACUCCAGAUAUUGGAAUAAUAUUGACAUCAAAAACGAACAGAAAACCACCACCAUUUUCUUCACCGGGACGAGGUCCCAAUUGAUGGAUUCUAACAUGGACUAUGAAAGGCCAAACGUUGAAACUAUCAAGUGCGUGGUGGUCGGAGACAACGCCGUCGGAAAGACCCGCCUCAUCUGUGCCCGGGCGUGUAACGCCACGCUGACUCAGUACCAAAUGCUCGCCACGCACGUGCCCACGGUCUGGGCCAUCGACCAAUACCGCGUCUGCCAAGAGGUCCUGGAGCGGUCCCGUGACGUGGUUGAUGAAGUCAGCGUGUCCCUACGUCUCUGGGACACGUUCGGGGAUCACCACAAGGACCGGCGCUUCGCUUACGGAAGGUCUGAUGUUGUGGUGUUGUGUUUCUCAAUCGCGAACCCCAACUCCCUACACCACGUCAAGACCAUGUGGUACCCCGAGAUCAAGCACUUCUGCCCCCGAGCGCCUGUCAUCCUGGUGGGCUGCCAACUGGAUCUCCGCUACGCAGACCUGGAGGCCGUCAACCGGGCACGACGCCCCCUAGCCAGACCCAUCAAGUCCAACGAGAUCCUAGCCCCGGAGAAGGGACGAGAGGUGGCGAAGGAGCUGGGGGUGCCCUACUACGAGACCAGCGUGGUGGCGCAGUUCGGGGUGAAGGACGUUUUCGAUAACGCCAUCCGCGCCGCUCUCAUCUCCCGCCGCCACCUGCAGUUCUGGAAGUCCCACCUGCGCAACGUCCAGCGGCCCCUGCUGCAAGCCCCCUUCCUGCCGCCCAAGCCCCCUCCGCCCGUGAUCACCGUGCCCAAGCCUCCCUCCACCAGCGAGGAGCACCCGGCCAGGCUGCUGGAAGACCCUCUCUGCGCCGACGUCAUCCUCAUCCUGCAGGACCAGCAGCGCAUCUUCGCACACAAGAUCUACCUCUCCACCUCCUCCUCCAAGUUCUACGACCUGUUCCUCAUGGACCUGAGCCCAGGGGCCACGAGCUCUCCCAAUAGGGGGUGUCUCCAAACCCAGCUACAGAACCAGACCCUGACUGGCAGGGAUCUUCUCAUGAGGGCCGCCAGCUUCGACGUGUGCGAGAGCAGCGACGAAGGAGACCGCUCCAACCUGAGGAUUUCCACCAGCGACGGGACGCUGAUCGGGGACGGCCGCGAGAGCGGCAGGAGGGGCCGACUGCUUUCCUCCUGGAGCCGGGCUUUCGUGAGCAUCCAGGAGGAGCUGGUGGACGAUCCCGUGACCUACAGCCCGCGUCUGAUGACGGUGGUAAAGAUGGACCCCUCGGUGCAGCUGGCCCCGUUCCGUGCCGUCCUGCGCUACCUGUACACGGGCCAGCUGGACGAGCGCGAGAAGAGGCUGAUGCACAUCGCGCACAUCGCAGAGCUGCUGGAAGUGUUUGACCUGCGCAUGAUGGUGGCCAACAUCCUCAACAACGAGGGCUUCAUGAACCAGGAGAUCACCAAGGCCUUCCACGUGCGCCGCACCAACCGGGUCAAGGAGUGCCUGGCCAAGGGAACCUUCUCCGACGUGGUGUUCAAGUUGGAUGACGGGACGAUCCUCGCUCACAAACCCCUGUUAAUCUCCAGCUGCGAUUGGAUGGCUGCCAUGUUCGGGGGUCCCUUCAUGGAGAGCUCCACGAAGGAGGUGCUGUUCCCCAACACCACUCAGAGCUGCAUGCGGGCCGUGCUGGAGUAUCUGUACACGGGGCAGUUCUGCUCGCGGCCCGACCUCGAUGCCAUGGAGCUCAUAGUGCUGGCAAACCGCCUGUGUCUGCCGCACCUCGUUGCGCUCACAGAGCUGUACACAGUGACAGUGCUGAUGGAGUCAGCGCUGAUGGGAGCCGACGUCGAUGGAGAUGUGCUGGUGUACCUGGAGAUGGCACAGUUUCACUGUGCCCACCAGCUCACAGACUGGUGCCUCCAUCACAUCUGCACCAACUACAACAACGUCUGCCGCAAGUUUCCAAGAGAGAUGAAGGCCAAAUCGUCCGAGAACCAGGAGCACUUUGAGAAGCACCGCUGGCCGCCGGUCUGGUACCUGAAGGAAGAUGACCAUUACCAGCGCGCCCGCCGGGAGCGCGAGAAAGAGGACUACCUCUGUCAGAAACGGCAGUCCAAGCGCAAGUGGCUCUUCUGGAGCUCUCCUUCCCCCGCCUCCUCCUCCUCUUCCUCCUCCCACAGCUCCUCUGCCGUCGUUUGAUUGACUCUCAGAAGCUCCGCCUUCUCCCGGUAGACGUUCCAAAGGGGGUGGGGGAUGGGGGGGGCGUGUUGGUAGCCAUGGCGAUAAUGCCGCUCACAGGGCCUGGGCUUUGAGAUCUGUGGCGAAUGCGUGACUGUGGCCGGUGUUUCUCACUCUUCAGAAAGAGAGUCCGUGCAGCUGGUCUGUGUUGUUGGAGGUUUGUGUACUGGGGUAACAGGAGCCCUGGUUACUGGAAAGGAUUUCUUCAAGAACGACAUCCUGAUAAUGUACAGUGCUCUCCAAGUUGUGGAGAUACAUCAUAAUAAAACUCCAAGCCUUACCAUACCCCCAAAACCCCCCCAUCCCACCUCCACAUCGUCACCCUGACACUCUUUGGACCCCCAAGCCUGAAACAUUUGUAUCUGGGUCCCACUGUGCCAGUGUCAGUGUGUCAGCCAGUGUUGGGAUUACAGCACGACCAUUAUUUCUCUAAGCGUUUCCGUCGACAGCUUCUGGUGACCUGUCCUUUUGUGCGAAAUACUCAUUGGCUCCCCCUUUGUCAUAGAGAAAGGGCAUUCUUAACUGUUUAAUUAUAUCAGUUCAAUUCUAGGGAGGGGGUUGUUGUGAUUGUAAUUAUAUUAACAGUUUGAUAGUAAUUCGAUUUUCCAAACCAAUAGCUUUCAGAAGGCCAGCUAGUUCCAUUCUACUCCAGGGCCUCUAUUUAGACAGUGCUGGCGCGUUGGACAAUUGGAAGAACUCUUUGCCAGUUAUGCAGUGUUAGUAGACUACGGGGAAGAGGAUAGUAGGGAUCAGUUUGCUCCUUUUAUCAGGGGGCGCAGCCUUGAGUUGACCCCCAAAUCAGUCAGUAAGAAAUAUCACGUCUUACAUCAUCUAGGGGCAGAGUGUCGCAGGCGGGAGGGGGACAGGUUAAUGGUUACACUCUGGUGUGCCGGCUGAACCAAGACAGGAUACAGGUUUCAGAGCACCAUAGAGGCCAAACAAAGGAAGCUUUAGGUUUUAAAACAAAGUCACCGGGAUGCGAUUAAACAGAAAAUGAGAUCCAGAGCGAUUCUAAACAAGAAAAAGAAUGCGUUAGUUGAGAUCACUGGGAUAGUUCAUACCCACGCCAAGCUGCCCCUUCUCAUGGUCCACUGCCUUCUGCACCACCCUGAAGGGGGCAAGCUAUGGGACCGCCCACAGUAACGUUUGAUCUGAAUUAUCACGCGCUGGAUUUGAACACAGCUGGAUGGCUGACCCUCGCUGGAUGUAUUCCCCCGGAUUCUGGGUUGUUUGCCGUUUCCUGUCUAGCCGUACGCAGUCACCGCUGCCUUGCUCCAACGCCGCCAGCCAAAAUACAAGCCAUGGAGUCACAUGGAACAUCACAGUGUGGAGGCGUGGCCAUUAGAAUUUCAAAUACUACCAUGGCGACACAAUGGGCGGGGCUCCUGCAGAGGUGGCAUGGAGUAGACUGGAGUGUGUUUGUGUUCAUGCUAUUGUGAGAGCAGUAGCAUGCUAAAAUAGGAAGCCAUUCCACCAAUGGCAGCAUCAUCCCACAGUAGCUGCCCCAGUGCUGGAGCUGUCGUCAGGUCAAUACUGCCUUGCCACUGAACAUCGUUUGGGAAGGGAAGCCUCAUCCCCUAUUGAUCACUGCGUGUAGAAUUGUUCAGUUUCCUGUCUAUGCUAGGCAGUUGGUGAUAUAUUGUGAGUAUCUUGCUAAAGGUCUUUGUGGCGAGGGCUCUAUUAUAAGACACAGAAGUUUGAUCAUCAUAAAGUCUUACCAGUGGGCUGAUAUUGACUUAAACAAUUUAACCAAAUGUAAAAUGUUCAUGGAACGGCCAGCCCCAGGGGAAAAGUGUGAAUAUAUCUAGACUUUACAGGGUAUUGAAGUUCAUGUUUACAAAGCUGUGAAUGUGAAAAACUGAGCCACCUGAACCUAGCUCAGCUGUUAGAGUUAAGGACAAGGCAGUGGGAGAUUCUGAAACGAAUGAGAUUUCAUUAAAAUGCCAGACUUGGACAGCACCUGCUAUCUUUUGCAAAUGUUUUGACUACACAGUACCACGCUCAAUUUGAAAGCCUUAAUUAAACUGAAGUGCUAAAUGAAGAUGAGAUACCUGGGGCAGUGAACUGAAAUAUUAUCUCGGCUUGGGGACUGUCACCUGCAUUGUAAAUUCACGGUAGUUGCGCAGCUUUGUAUUUCGAAUCCUGUUGACGUGCAGCACGAUGUCGGUACACUUUCUGUGCCCGUGAGAAGUCAGGGUUGUCUGCUAAGUCAGGUCUUGUGUGGCUUGCAUGCGAGUUUAGGUGUUUUCUGGUGUUUCCCACAGUGUGUAGCGCAUCAAACACUGAAAUCUUGUAUUUAAUGGUGGCUUUAUGCCAUGUUUUUAAGCAUCUUGAAUUGCAGUUACAGGGCACUGCACGUCCUAAUUCAUUUCACACACACGUGUGUGUUCUCCACGCUUCUCUAUUGUAGUUCUUUGCUGACCAGGCUUACUAGCAAUCCCUGGGAGGUUUUUUUUUUUAACCAGCGAGGCUGUUUUUAAAACUGAAGUGAGGUGGCUGGACAGAAAUGGAGAAAGGACAUUCGUGAACUUGGCACACAAUCUAAGGAGAAACAGAGAAAGAGAAUUACACUCACGUUUUGGGACGUCGGUAUUUUGCAUGCUUUCGGACUAUUCCAGAAAUCAUUUUCCUUUUUUUCAACCGCUGGUUCUGUUUCAGAAAAAAAAAAAAAAAAAAAAACUCCUCAAAGCUGAUUUUCUGAGGUGAGAUUGGGGAAGCAUAUUAGCGUUGCGCUUUACGCUGAACCCCAUAGGUGAAGCACUGUCCCCUAAAUCCUGUGCAGCACUGGUAUGCUUCCCCAUGCACCCUUAAGGAGUCUUUUCAGAAGCAGCACCUUGGCUCAUUUUUUGGACUGGUUAAUAUGCAUGGCAAAUAAGCAAAAUCCACACUAGAUAUUUACACAGAACACAUAUCAUUGAAUAUUACACAGGUAAGAAAUUCAAUAUCAGAAACAUUUACAUUGUAUAGAGUAUCCAUUUAAUGUUGCUUCAACCAAACAUUUCUGAAGUCUGUUAAGAGUGAACUUGAACAUGUGCGCCACCAGUAUCAGUUAGAAAUGUUUGCUCAGAGUUAUUACAGGUCCAGUAACUCUCAGGAGCCUUUCCAGAGCAGCAUGCUUAUGCCAUUUCUACAUCACACCCCCCAGACAUGUGACAGAAUGCUCAGUCGGAAUGCACGGAUUCCGAAAGAGUUCACUGAAUGGACCCAGUGCUGUCACUGCUGUGAUUGGAGCACAGCGUCGGCCAGGGUUUUCACUAUGACCCCUGCUGUGAUUGGAGCACAGCGUCGGCCAGGGUUUUCACUAUGACCCCUGCUGUGAUUGGAGAACAGCGUCGGCCAGGGUUUUCACUAUGACCCCUGCUGUGAUUGGAGCACAGCGUCAGCCAGGGUUUUCACUAUGACCCCUGCUGUGAUUGGAGCACAGCGUCGGCCAGGGUUUUCACUAUGACCCCUGCUGUGAUUGGAGCACAGCAUCGGCCAGGGUUUUCACUAUGACCCCUGCUGUGAUUGGAGCACAGCGUCGGCCAGGGUUUUCACUAUGACCCCUGCUGUGAUUGGAGCACAGCAUCGGCCAGGGUUUUCACUAUGACCCCUGCUGUGAUUGGAGCACAGCGUCGGCCAGGGUUUUCACUAUGACCCCUGCUGUGAUUGGAGCACAGCAUCGGCCAGGGUUUUCACUAUGACCCCUGCUGUGAUUGGAGCACAGUGUCGGCCAGGGUUUUCACUAUGACCCCUGUUCUGGGAUCCUUUCAUUGGCUCAACUUGCGGUCCACUGAUGUCGGACUCUUAUGUGCCCCCCCACGACCCGACUCUGAACUGUGGGUGAUCGGGCUUCUGUUCCGGUGCCCUGAGGUUGUGGCACGCCUUUCCCAAUGAAAUGAGGGACUCUCAAUCCUGGGGUGUUUUUAAAUCUCGCCUUAAAAACGUAUUUGUUUAAACUGGCUUUUUUUAAUUUAAUGUUUGAUAUUUUCUGAUUGUCUAUUUUUAUUUGUGUUCUUAUCUAUAGUGCUUUGUGAUGACUUGUCAUGAAAGGUGCUUUAUAAAAUGAUGAUUAUUAUUAUUAUUAUUAUUAUUAUUAUUAUUAUUAUUAUUAUUAUUUUAGCUAACCAGAGUCGUGCUAUACUGUACAGUGGUACUGUAAAAUAACAUGCUAGUCAGAUGUGUCAGUCUGUCACAAUGUUGUUUUCAAAAUGUUUUUUGAGUAAAUGUACUCGCUUUUACAAAUUUCAAAAGUAUAAAUCUACUUUUUAUUUGAAUGUAUUUCAUGUUUUACUUUAAGAUACGCUUUGAUUAUGAGCAGGGUGUGAUCUGCUUCAUUGAGGUCCAGAUCUUGAUUUCGUGGACAGCGUAAGGUCCCAUGCUUUGAGAACGCCCUCCUCAGGGUGCAGUGCAGCUCAGACUUGCUUGUGUUGCUCUUGUGCUGUUUUUAUAUGCGUUCUCUUGUGUGGAUCUUUGCUUCAGUGAACGCUUGUGAGGCUUCUAACUCCUAAACGCUGUCGGACUGAUCUGAAAACGUAUACAGAGCUUCGCAACGGUAGGGAAAACAGACAGACAGGGUCGUAGAUUUAUGUAACAAACUGGUCACCCAAAACAGCCAACAAACCCACCCGCUGACUUUAAUAGUGAUUCAGAAACACUAAAAGAAAUAUGUAAAAACACAAUGACAAACAUUGCCAUGAAUAGAAGCUUUGUAUAAAAAAGGGGGUUUGGGGUAAAACUUAUUAGAGUUUAUUACUGAAAGAGAGGAAUCUCUCCCAUUCUCUUUCCAAAUCCUGUUACCCCGCGAUAAACCACCCCUGGUACGGUUUGGAUAAACAUCACCAAGGCUCCCAUGCACAGCACCGCACCGCCUGGACGACCGAUUCCGUGAUGAGACCCAGAGCACAGGAAGCACAUAACAUUCUUAUUUAAAAAAAUAAACAAGUCACCUAAUGACGACAUCAAAACAGACAACUUGAGCUCAUUUAUUUAGUUAUCUGUUCGUUUUUGGGUGCUCUCUCGCUCAGGUAUAGGAAAACGCUGCAUUUCCUGUCAGUGCUUUAAGCAUGAUAUGUUACCUGUUUGGUAGCUCCUUCUUCUGAGAUGCGUUAGAGGUAGGAUUGUUAGCUAGACAGGGCAACUUUCAGUGCAAACCACAAACCAGGUCUAGUAUCCAGGUAUAUAACUACAAAAAAAUAAGACGCUCAGAAGCUUAGGAGCUGGUUCUGCGUGUCUAUGAUCAGUGUGUGUGUGUGUUAAAGAUUCACGGUACACUGCUGUAGAGAAAACAGAUACGCAGAGAGACGGGACACGCUUUAGCUAAACAGUCACAAUACUGUAUUAACAUUGUGAUGAUAAAUGAACUGUGAAUUCAAAUUAAAAAUACAAAAAAAAUGGAAUGUUUUGUCUGCGUUGUACUGGAGUUGUAAUGUUUAUGUAAUAAAUAGGGUUAGAGAGAAA